UCGUUCCGGUCGUCGUCGCGUCAGUCGCGUGAGAACCUUCGCGGGGGGAAGGUGCCUCUCUUAGCGCGCACAGCUCGCCUUUUUUCCUUGCUUCAACACUGCCAUUAGUAGUAUAUCUAUAUACAAUAUCUCUCUCUCUCUUUCUAUAUAUAUAAUAUAUAUAUUAUAUAUAUAUAUAUAUACAGAGAGAUAAGACAUAAUAUAACAUAGUAUUACAUAAAUGUAUGUUAUUAUCAUCAAUUUGUAAUCUAAGACAUUUCGAUACUAUCGAGAGAGAAAGAGAGAGAGAAUGUCAUGUGUUCCAUCUUUUAUGAUAACAAAGCGGUGUAGUCGAAAGUAAAAAAAAGAAAAAAAGAAAAUAGAAUAAAUAAGGCGGAGAAAGAGAAAAAGGAAGGAAAGGAAAGAAAGUAAAAUAACAGGGAAAAAGAAAAAAAAAAAAUACAGCAGCAACGUCGCCGUAAUAGUGCGUGAACGCGGUAUAACGGAAAUAACGACGAUAUUGGUGUCCGUCUUCUUUUUGGUGUUUUAUAGUGGUGUUUGAUGUGUCAUGUUGAUGAUGGUGCCGAAAUGAUCUUAGGACUGUCAUAACGAAUAAGAUUGUAUUGUACAGAAGAAGAAGAGGAGGAGGUGGAGGAGAAAGAAGAAGAAGAAAAAGAAGAGAAGAAGAAGAGGAGGAGGAGGAGGAAGAAGAGAUCACUGUCCUGGUCUCUUUGUCGUUAUUGUCGAGUGAACGGACAUAUAUAUAUAUAUAUAUAUAUAUAUAUAUAUAUACACAUAUAUACAUAGGUGUUCUCGAGCGUGGUAUUAGCACCGUAAACGCGGCGUCGUUCCGGUCGCGAGGAUCGACGCCCAGCGUCCGUCCAUCGACAGGUCGCGAGCUGUGCGCGUGUGGAUGAUCGAGAGUGAUGUCUAUCUAGUGUGCAACCGCCCCCAAUUGUCCUCCCCUCUCCCUCCCCCUCUCUCCUAAUCUCCUCUUUCUCUCUUUCUAUCCAUCUAUCAUCUCUUUUCCCAUCCAUGCGUUCUUCUUCCUUUUCAUUGCUGUGAUUGAUCAUCAUCUAAAUCCGGACGGCGAAAUAUUGGAUUAUUAAGAUCUUUCUAAUUCUUAUCGUCCAUCCCUUCACACACACCCCCCCCCCCGUCUCCGUCUCCGUCGUGGACAAUUUCAAUGGGCGGUGAAAGCCUUCCAGCAGGUGCUAUGGGUGGAACCAAGUUUUCCACGAGCCUGCGAGGUUCACCUAAGGCUUGGGUUGAUGUUGAAGGUCCACGCUGACUUCGAUGCAGCUUUGAAGCACCUGACGUUAGCUUUGAUCGAUGCAACCACACCUGCUUCCUUCUCAAAACUCGAAAUCAAAUUUCAUAUCGCUCACCUGUACGAAGUUCAAGGAAAAUAUCGUCUAGCAAAGGAGCAUUACGAAGCUUUACUCAAGGAAAAGGCUUUGCCGUCGCAUUUAAAGGCUGACAUUUGUCGUCAGUUAGGAUGGAUGUACCAUGUUGUUGAUUGUUCCGUAUUAGGUGUAACUAGACAACAGAAGCAAGCUAUAGCUAUUCACUGUUUACAAAAGUCUAUUGAAGCUGAGCCUAAAAGUGGACAGAGUUUGUAUCUUCUUGGAAGGUGUCUUGCUGCUUCUGGAAAAGUUCAUGAUGCGUUCAUCGCUUAUAGUAAUCUUCUAUACCUUUGUAGAAAUUCCGUGGAAAAAUCAGAGGGAAACGCUGAUACCUGGUGCAGUAUAGGUGUUCUAUACCAGCAACAGAAUCAGCCUAUGGAUGCACUCCAAGCUUACAUAUGUGCUGUACAAUUGGAUAAAUCGCAUUCAGCUGCCUGGACGAAUUUGGGCAUUUUAUACGAGAGCGUUAGUCAACCAAAGGACGCAUUAGCUUGUUACGUCAACGCAUCUAGAGGAAACAACAAUACUCCUAAUUGUACGGGCCCAUUGGUAGGCCUUGGCGGUGCUAAGUCUGGUGGUAAUACUCCGAUGAACCCAUCUUUACAACAGCGAAUAAACUUUUUACAAAGUCACCUAAGUCAAGCACCAAUGCCCUCUGUUGCUGCCAAAAGGCGGCAAUUGCCGUCAAUAGAAGAAGCUUGGAAUUUACCAAUAAGCGCAGAAAUGUCUAGUAGACAACAGCAACAACAACAACCCCCUGGUGGUCCAGGAUAUAAAUAUGGUGCAGCACCAUCUGGACCACCGCCACCUUAUCCUCAAACUCAAGGGCAAAGUUUAAACACAAAAAGAUUUAAGCCUGGAGAUGAUUCAAUAUCACCUCCGUCUCCGCAAAGGCCUCCGCCAUUUUAUUUAUCGCCACAACAAUUACAAAUGUUGCAAUUUUUGCAACAAAAUCAAAGUAGUUUAACGCCACAACAGCAGGGUUUACUUGCACAACUUCAGCAUCAGUAUAGAGCGAUGCAACAACAUCAACAACAAAUUAGAUUGCAGCAACAACAAGCUGCUCAGAGAGGGCUUAGGCCAGGACAACCAGGUUAUCCUACUGCUUAUACUCAUGGACAGCCGUCUGGGCAACCUGGUGUUAUAAAAAAUUAUGGUAUCCCUCAGCAACCGUUACAGCAAGGAGGAACUGUUGCUUUACAAACAGGAUUUUCCGACUCAAACGUAGGCUACAAUACCGUUGCAACGGGUAACACACAGACACCUGGCAUGCCUUAUAAAUCUGCUUCUGAUCCUAAUUAUCCUCAAAGACAAUUAACUCAGAGCGGUCAAUUCAAUCAGUAUCAGUCGAAUCAAUAUACGGCACAAGGUUAUGCUCAGAUCUCUUCUACGACAAGUAGUUAUCCUGAAGGUUCAGCAGGAAACAAGGACUUGGGUGUUACGGAUCAAGAAUUGCAAGCUUUAUUGUCUCAGAAAGACAUUGCGACGUCAUUGGCGGAGGACUUGUUAAAACAUUUUGGAUCAGAGGAUUUAGACGUUAAAGAAGAACCACCUGGUAUUAUGAACAAUGGUACUUUGAGUUCUGGUCCAUUUUCUCCAUCCAAUAUGGAAGAAAAUCCUGAUAAGAUAAAGGAAGUUAAAAUGGAAAAGAUGGAUGAAAUUCAACCAUCGUCUACCUCCAAUAUAGAAAUGUUCGAUAAACACGAGUCUAAAUCAUCGAUUCCAGUGGUCGAAACUAUAAAAUGUGAGGCGACGUCUAGUACAAAUAAAAGUGAAUCUAUAACGCGAACAGAACCUGUUCUCAAAUUAGAGAGUUUGUGCGAGUCGCAGCCAGAACAAGAAUUAAGUAUAGAAAUGGAUUCGAAAACUAUUGUCGAGGCGUGUAAGGGCCAAGGAUUAAAGGGAGUUCCAAAUUGUUCGAUAUUAAGUGACCGUUCACCUCCACCGGCACCUCCAGAUCCUCCUAGUCAAAGAUUGACCAAGGAACAACUCUUACCACCUACGCCUAGUGUCUAUUUAGAGAAUAAGAAGGAUGCAUUCAGUCCACAAUUACAAGAAUUUUGUCUGAAACAUCCUAUAGCCGUAAUCCGUGGUUUAGCGGCCGCCCUUAAAUUAGACUUAGGUCUUUUUUCAACUAAAACAUUAGUAGAAGCUAAUCCCGAUCAUGGUAUCGAAGUUAGAACACAAGUUCAACAGACGAGCGAUGAAAAUUGGGAUCCAGUAAUGGGUAGGAAGGUUUGGGGUUGUAUUAGUCAUAGAAGUCAUACAACUAUAGCUAAAUAUGCUCAGUAUCAAGCUUCGAGUUUUCAAGAAAGUUUGAAGGAAGAACGUGAAAAGUCUCAGGGCAUACAUACAUCGAACUUGUCGGAUUCAGAUUCGAAGGAUAGUACAGGCGCAGUUAGGCGAAAGAAAAAUGCAUUUGGACUUGCUGGUCGUCCAGGUUCAAAAAUGUUACGUUUUGGGACCAAUGUCGACUUGUCCGAUGAGAGAAAGUGGAAAAUUCAAUUACAAGAACUUAUGAAGUUACCUGCUUUCGCAAGAGUUGUGUCAGCUGGCAACAUGCUCAGUCAUGUUGGUCACGUUAUAUUGGGAAUGAAUACCGUGCAAUUAUAUAUGAAGGUGCCUGGAAGUAGAACACCUGGUCAUCAAGAAAAUAAUAAUUUCUGUUCAAUCAAUAUUAAUAUCGGACCGGGUGACUGCGAAUGGUUUGCAGUACCUGAUGCUUAUUGGGGUGUCAUUUGUGCCCUAUGCGAACGUAAUAAUAUCAAUUACCUUCAUGGUAGUUGGUGGCCUUCGUUAGAAGAUUUAUAUGAAGAAAACAUUCCUGUCUAUAGGUUUUUGCAAAGACCAGGAGAUCUUGUUUGGGUCAACGCUGGUUGUGUACAUUGGGUGCAAGCAGUAGGUUGGUGUAAUAAUAUUGCGUGGAAUGUAGGACCAUUAACUGCUCGCCAAUAUCAGCUUGCUAUAGAACGUUACGAAUGGAACAAAUUACAAUCCUUCAAAUCCAUAGUGCCAAUGGUUCAUCUAUCUUGGAACUUAGCUAGAAAUAUCAAAGUGUCGGAUCCAAGGCUAUUCGAAUUAAUUAAAAAUUGUCUAUUAAGGACAAUGAGACAGUGUUGUUUAAUAUUAGAAUUUGUAAAGAGCAAAGGUGUAGAAGUUCGAUUUCAUGGACGUGGAAAGAACGAAGCAUCGCAUUAUUGUGGACAAUGCGAGAUCGAAGUAUUUAAUAUCUUAUUUAUACGUGAACAAGAGAAACGUCAUGUCGUGCAUUGUAUGGAUUGUGCUCGUAAACAAGCACCAUCGUUGGAAGGAUUUGUUUGUUUGGAAGAAUACAGAAUGCGAGAUUUGAUGGACGUUUACGAUGGAUUUACUUUACACACCUCAUUGAACGCUCCUUCGUUAUCAGGACAAGCCAGCCAAUCCUCCUGAGGUUACAUGCAACACAGAUAUUUGGACUUCUUAGGCACUUUACAGUGACUUAGAUAGUACAAUUUCUGUGUAUAAUAUAUAUAUAUAUAUAUAAAUAUAUAUAUAUAUAUAUAUAUAUAUAUAUAUAUAUAUAUAUAAAUAAUUUAUCUAAUUAAUAAUAAAUCUGUUAGUAAUCACGACGUACCUGAGAGCUGAAAAAAAAAGUAAAGAUAAAGACGACGACGAUGAUGAUGAUGUGUGUGUAUGUAAAUAUAUAUAUAUAUAUGUAUAUAUACAUACAUACAUACAUACAUACACCAUGAGAAAAAUGAAAGAUAAUCUUUGUCACAGAUAACUCUAAUAGUUAUCUUUUUAAUCUUUCUUUAAAGUACCAUUUAUAUAAUAGUAAUAAUAAUAAUAAUAAUAAUAGUAAUAAUAGUAAUAAUAAUAAUAAUAAUAAUAAUAAUAAUAAUAAUAAUAAUAAUAAUAAUAAUAAUAUUAAUGAUGAUAAUAAUAAUAAUAAUAAUAAUAAUAAUUAAUGAUAAUUAAUGAUAAUUAAUGAUAAUUAAUAAUUAGUUCGAUUGUUUGGAAAUUUUGCAAGAAUUUCGUAUUUUCUAAUUCUAUUUCUCCGAGCUCUCGGGUAUGGUUCUAUUGUUGAAUUCGAGAGAAGACUGUUUUCAAUUGUAAAUUAAUUGAGUGAGAAAAAAAACUAUGAGUAUGUGUGUGUGUGUGUAAAGUAUAAGGAGGAAAGGAUGACGAUAACGAAGGAAGCGCGCGCUUGUAUAUUAGUUACCAAAUUCGAUUAAACAUUAUUAAGAUUAAUCCGAAUUUAGAAUUAAUAAUGUUUAGUAAAAAUCUGACGCGAAAAAAAAAGAAACAAAAAAAGAAAAAAGAAGGAAGAUAAGAAAAGAAAAUAGAAGAAAAAAGAAAAGAAGAUUAGAAAGAAAAGGAUCUUGCAUUCUUUUGAACUGUUUCUUAUAUAUAGUUAAGAGAUUAAGCGAUAAGUGAUUUUUUUCUCUUCGAUCUUAUAAUUAUGUCUUAAUUAGCUAAUUAAUUAAUUGAUUAAUUAAUUAAUGUUUUUUUUCUUUUCUUAGAUCUCUCAUUUUACUUCUUAUAAUUAAGGAAAAGUGGUCGAACGAGCUAGUUAAAAAAAUUUAAUUAGAAAAAGAAAAAUAAUAAUAAUAAUAAUAAUAAUAAUAAUAAUAAUAAUAAUAAUAACAAUAACAAUAACAACUCUGCGAGAACAUUUCACUGCCACAUAAGGAUUACGUUGGAGAACAGUGUUCUCAUUUAUUAUUAUUAUAGUUCAAAUUCAUGAACUAUUAUUAAGUAUCGUUAACUACUUUUAAAUUGAUUAGAAUAUCUAUUGAAUGAUAAAUAAAAGUAAUUUAAAUAAAAGCGAAACAAAAGAGAGAGAGAGAGAAAGAGAGAGAGAGAGAGAAAAAAAAAGGGUAAAUGACAAGAACUGAUUGAGAAAUUUGUACAAAGUGUGUCGAGAUGAAAAAUUAUUAUAUUAUUAUUAUCAUCAUUGAAUUGAUUUUGAUGAAAAUCAUUCUCUUGUAUAAAAGUGGCGGCAUAUGACAAUGGCUAAAGUUCUAAUCUCUACUGCCUAGAAUGUAUAAUAGCUAAUAUUAUUUUCUACGUCCAAAUAUAAUGAUAAGAUAAAAGAAUUAUAAUCCGAGGUAUAAGGAGAAUUGGCCCGUACUAUCUAUUCAAAAAAAGAAAAGAAAGAAAUGAAAAAAAAAAAAAAAAAAAAAAAAAAAAAAAAAAAAAAGAAAAAAAUAAGAAAAAAGAACAUUUUUUCUAAACGUCAGAAAAUGAUUAAGAUGGCCUUUAGAAAAAAAAAGAAACAAAAAAAGAAAAAGAAAAAAUAUAGAACGAACAGAAUGUUCCAAAGAGUUGUCCAAAUGAUUGUGUUACAAACUAUUUUUAUUUAUUUAUUUUUUUUUUUGUUUUAUUUUUUUUAUUUUUUUUUUUACUUUAUAAAAAACUAUUAAUUUUGUGUAACGUCUAAUGUUUUGUAUAAUGUUCAUUAAAUUUCUAUGAUCUUGUAAUUGAUUAAAAAAAAAAAAAAAAAAAAAAAAAGAGUAAAGCGAUUAAAAUUGUUUAACAAAUAAUUUAUUGUAAAUACUUUGUAAUGUUUUAUUUGGACAACUCUUCAAUCGAAAACUAUUAGCAUGAUUUACGAAUUAAAAAAGAAUAUUCUACGAGAGUGGCAUUGUAUAAAUAGAAAAAUGACUAUUCAUUUGUACAGUUUAUUCUAACGUCUAACGAUAAAUAUUAAUCGCAAACGAGUAAUAAGAAUUAAAUAAUAUAGAAAACACGUACCUUC